CAUCACUUAGCGACGCAACACAAAACCGCGUUAAAUGUACAUGCGGCACGUUUUGUUAGACACAAAAAUAAACAUAUACCAUACCACUUUUAAUUUUUUACUUGAAUACUUACACUUAACAUAUGGAUAGUUGUACGUGCUUUAUCUAAAAAAAUACAAAUAAAUAAUAAUUUUCGCUGUGACGCUAAAUAGUGAGACGUGAGACACUCCAGUGACGUCAAUACAUGCCUUUCACAAAAAAAAACGUUACCACUCGGAAUUAAUGUAAAUAUUUUUGUUCAUAAAAUUACAAAGAUUUUGUGGUGGGAAAGCUGCGCCACGUCGCUCGGGCGAAUAAGUACCCGGAUGUGAGAACGGCGACGCUAGGCCGCGGCUAAAAAGCUAACAAACGGAGGAGACGCUAGCACGUUUAGUAAACCGUAACGUCAUCGAGGCCCAGAAAUGUUCGGUUCUUCGAGGUCCGGGGGGGUUCGAGGAGGCCAGGACCAGUUCAACUGGGAUGAUGUCAAAGUGGACAAACACCGAGAGAAUUAUCUUGGAAAUUCCUUGAUGGCUCCAGUGGGACGCUGGCAAAAAGGCAAAGAUCUGACAUGGUACUCCAGAGACAAAAAAGGCAGCAGGCCCCCCACCAAGGAAGAGGAGCUUGCCGCUGUCAAGGCUGCAGAACAUGAAGCGUUGAUGGCUGCCUUAGGACACAAGGUCAUAAAGAGGCAACCGACUGGACUGACCAAAGAGGAUUUGGCAGACAUCUGUAGGAGAGAUGAAGAUGAUGGUGAAGAGAGAAAUGUGGAUCGAAUCUCUGGAUUGGGAAGCUCCAGUGCAGCAUCACGCAAAGUGGUCCUCUCCCAGCAGGAAAAGGAAGCGGUUAAAAUGGGAUUGCCAGUCUUUACACACCACAAGACCAGCGUUCUUCCAGAAACUUCAACAGCAAAGUCAUCAGAGAGUGUAAAGAAGGAAGAGGAGACUGAACAAAGCCAGGAGAGCAAAAAGAAGAAGAAAGAAAAGAAAAAUAAAAAGGAGAAAAAGAAGAAAGAGAAGAAGAAGAAGAAAAAGAGGCAAAGGAGCGAUUCGUCGUCUUCCGAUUCAGAUGACGACAAAAAGAGGCCCCGAAAGGACCACCACCAUCAUAAUCCAUCAUACCACAGUCAGAGCGGAGCCAGACCCUAUGACAGCCAUUCAAGGGGGGCACUAAAGGCACAGCGACAACCCGCCUACCCCCGCCACCGACAGCAGCGCCACGACACAGACUCCUCCGACGGGGGGUCCCCUGUCCCCCGUAACCCCUCCAGCCACAAGACGGCCCCUGGCGGUGUCGCACAAAGCCACAGGCGAUGCCACGACUCGGACAGCUAAUGUCCUGGCCCCCCCACCCUCCCUCUCACUCAAAGACGCAGCGCUCUUCACAAGUAUGACCAGUCUUGAAUACCUUGUUUAGCUUUUUGGGGGGUCAUUUUAGUAGCUAGGUUUUAUUGCCGGUUAAUUUUUUACUGAUUAAACGUCCCUCAUUUGUGCA